AUGAGCAAGAAAUCGACAUCCUUCUUUGACCCGGACGUUCUGGCCCUGACGAAGGGUACGCCAUCACGGCGUACCUCGGGGAUUGCUUCGCUGAGGACGCCCUCUGUCCGGGGCGUCGCUCGCGCCACCCCAGCCCGCCCGACGAACUUCGCGGCUUCCACGAUCGGACAUUCCUUCGACAGAGGUUCGAGUCCAACCAAAUCAACCGGUAUCGCAGCGCCGCCGAAGAUUGGGGCCAAGACAAUCGCGGCUCGGCCGCUGAAGCAGAGACAGUCAAUUAACGGUCUUUUCAAGAAGCCUUCGCUGCCUGCGAUGGACCGCACUGCCGCUGCACAGCCAGCUCCUCCCAAAUUUGCACCGAAGCCGGCACCCAAGACGUUACCGACACCAUCAAGGCUCACAAAGCCGCCUCGAACGAUAGCAAAGCCAGGAGCAAUUGGAGCUGCAUCUGAAGCCAUUGGGAAGCCGGAUAUGGAGGCCAGUCGAAAAUCAUCCACUGCGCUUCGCGAGCAAAUUGCACAGGCUAAAGCUGCAAAGCGCGCUGCGGCGAAGAAGGCGCCCGAUCUGGAUCUGGUCCCAGACUCGUUGGCCGUGACAGAUGAUCCAAAGUCCUUCCCGCUCAAAUCCCCGAUUGUGCCAGCCGACAACAGCUUCGAUUUCGGGAUCGCCGUAACACAUGACCCGUUCAAUACACAGAGAACACAGAGCGCGAAGAACAAGAUUGUGCAACAGCGUCUUGGUGAUGCGCGCAGCUCUGGCAGGCUCAAUAUCGCGGCCAUGGGACUGAGUGUCAUGCCUGUCGAAGUACUGAAAAUGUAUGAUGCUGAGAUGAUGGGGACCAACGACGGGAGCUGGGCUGAGAGCGUCGAUCUGACGAGGUUGAUUGCUGCCGACAACGAGAUGGAGCUCAUCGACGACAGCAUCUUCCCAGACGUGACUGCCGACGACCUAGCAGCUGAUGAAGACGGGAAUGGGAACAUCUUUGGCGGUCUGGACACAAUCGACCUGCAUGGGAAUCUGCUGAUCUCUCUUCCUGUCGGACUCAGGCAGCUUCGCCUCCUGACGUCUCUGAACCUGACCAACAAUCGAUUGGCAAACAACUGUUUCGAGGUGAUUUCUCAGCUCACCUCACUGCGCGACCUCAAGCUCGCAAAUAACCUUCUAUACGGCCCGUUGGACCCCUCGGUCUCCAACCUACAAAAUUUGGAGAUCUUUGAUAUUCACGGCAACAACGUUUCGACUCUUCCUACCAAUUUCGGGAAUCUUGAACGGUUACGUAUUCUUAACCUUGCCGAAAACAGCUUUGAACUGCUUCCAUUCGGCAUUCUGUCCCAGAUGCCCCUGACAGAACUCAACCUAAAGAAGAACAAGCUUGCAAAGACACUUAUUGAAGAUGACGUGGAGGCUCUCCCGAAGCUGCAAUCAAUCGACAUCUCCUGCAACCAGAUCACACAUAUCGUUGCCCCUGGCACAACGGUCAGCCUGCCGGUGCUGUACCAGCUCAGCGCGUCUAUGAACCGCCUGAAAGCUCUGCCUGACGUCAGCUCUUGGAGUAGUCUUCUGACGCUGACCGCGGACGAGAACAGUAUCUCGGAAUUUCCGGAAGGCUUCUUCAGUCUGGAGAAAUUGCGACAUGUUGAUUUCUCUGCUAAUGAUAUUCGCAUCAUCCCGCCGGAGAUCGCCAGGAUGGACAAUCUUGCAAUGAUUCGUCUGAGUGGCAACCCGUUGCGUGACAAAAAGUUCAUCUCGGCCACGACAGAGGAGCUGAAAGAUGCCCUGGCAGCGAGGCUGGAACCGCCGCCUCCUUACGACGACGUCACGAGCACUGCGCACACUAUCGCGGCUGCCAUCGCCGACGAUGCCAAAGCAUCCGAACCUCCAACGAAAGAAGUCGCACCUGAAGAGGGUGAGCAUGACAGUCGGUCUGACAUGGAUGACUUCGCAACUCCCCCGACAUCGGCGCCGCACUCACCUGCUCGAUCGAGGUCGCACACUCUUUCGAGCCAAACCUGGCCUAUUAAGAAUGGCGGACUGCUGGACCGCUCUGGAACACAGUCUUCGUCGCUUCACCCUGUCGUUUGUUCCAAAAUUGCCGCCGCUACCCGGGUCACGGAAAUCCAGCUCCAUCACAACCUUUUCGCGACGUUUCCUGAAUCUCUUACGUUCUUCGCCAACACCUUGACGGCGCUGUCUUUGGCCCAUAACAAACUUGUCGGCGAGACGUACUUGCCAGAGGAGCUGGAGCUACCUGCUCUCCGGGAGCUCAAUCUGAUGAACAACCACAUCACGAGCCUGACCCCGCUGACGGUCAACCUCCGAUCGCCGCAGCUCGAGAAAGUUGAUGUCUCGCUCAACCGUAUCACAGCGCUACCGACUGAUCUGCGUAUCGUGUUCCCGCAGCUGUCGGUCAUGCUGAUUGCCAACAAUCACCUCAUCGAGCUCGACCCUGAGAGCAUACGGGGUCUGCAGGUCGUGGACGCCAAUAAUAACGAUAUCGCACACUUGAACCCCAAGAUCGGUUUGCUUGGCGGAAACGGCGGCCUGCGUCAGCUUGAUGUAUCAGGAAAUCGCUUCCGUGUGCCGAGAUUCAGCGUGCUCGAGCGUGGAACAGAUGCAACACUGAGGUGGUUGCGGGGCCGUGUGCCUGUUGCCGAGAUGGCCAGCUGGAAAGAGGGACAAGGAGAGGGUGGGCAGGGCGAUUCUGACGACGACGUCGAUUGA